AUGAAUUCCCUCUGUCCAGAAACAGCUGUACAAUUCAAAGCCUUAUUUGAAAGUGAAAAGAUUCAAGGGAAUAGAAAUUUAGCAGCGUUGGUUUUAAUGGGAGCUCCACCUCCUCCACCCGUUCAAAUGGAGGAUGGAUCUCUCAAACAAAUUCAUGCUGCCUUCUCAGCUGGAGGUGAUUAUGACUUUUUGUUGGAACGCACGGAUGAUACUCCUUUCAAUAAUGCGACACGAAUGAGCAAAUUUUAUGACAGUUUUUUAACACCCAUGUUGAGGGUGUGUCCCUCGCCCGUAAUUGCUUGUAUUAAUGGACAUGCUGUGGGUGCAGGGCUGGGAUUGGCUUGUGCGGCCGAUAUUCGAGUGAUGGAAGCAUCUGCAAAAUUGUCUUUUAACUUUGUGAAAAUUGGUUUGUCGCCUGGAAUGGGUUCGUCACUAAUUUUGCCGUAUCUGGUGGGUCAUCAAGUGGCUUCAUACAUGUUACUGACUGGAGAUUUAAUUAGUGCUGAAAAGGCAAAAGAAUAUGGUAUCGUGUUGGAAGUGUUACAAGGUGAUCAGGCAGUGAAACGUCGUGCGUUUGAAAUUGCUGUGCAAAUUGCAAAGAGCUCACAUAUUGCAUCGUAUUUGUGCUUGCAUUCAUUGAGAGUGCAAAAAUUGGCAGGCAUUACGGCUUGCAUGUACAGAGAAUCGGAUGCUCAAGUUCAAUCGUUUGCAGACGAGGAGUUAAAGCAACAUUUGUUGGAAAUGAAAAAUAAGGAAGAGGCAAGAUUGAAAUCAAAAUUGACUCCAAAACCAAUUAAUAAAUAA